AUGGCUGUCACGCCGGCAGGACGUGGACCGCAGGUCAUGGGAGUCUUUCUUCUGUUCCUGGGGUUAUCGAGCAUCGCCACGGUUCUCCGGAUCUACUGCCGGGUUUCUCUGCUCAAGUCGUUUCGCUCAGAAGAUUGGCUGGCUGUACUUGCUUGGGCUUUCUUCGUGUGCCAUGCCGCUUUCGCCAUCAACGGUGUCUUCCAUGGCACAGGUCAGCACUUCGCGGACAUACACCCACAGUCUGAGAUAGUUCUUGGCCUCAAGUGGUGGUGGCUAUGCGAGCCACUAUAUGUGCUGUCCAACAUGGCCAUCAAGGCAAGCAUUGCCAUCAUGCUGCUGCGAUUGAUGGUUGCGACCUGGCACCGGAUCGUAAUCUACGCUGUCCUGAUCGUCACCGAGCUUUUCAGCACCGCUUUCUUCUUUUUGUUCAUCUUUCAAUGCACGCCAUCGUCAUAUUUCUGGAUGCGGCUCGCUGGCGCAAAGGGAUCUUGUCUCAACACAUCGGUCAUUGUUAACGGCGUCUACGCGUACUCGUCCAUCUUGUGCGUCGGCGAUUGGAUCUUUUCUUUCUUGCCCUUCUGGAUCGUAUGGAAACUGGAGCUGGUGUCCAAAAAGGAGAAGGUCAUGGUCGGUAUUAUCCUUGCCAUGAGUGCUAUUGCCUCCAUAGCCACCAUCGCACGCAUACCCUAUAUCCACACACUUUCCGACCAAGCGGACUUCCUAUAUGCUACGGCAGACGUUGCCAUCUGGUCAUGCUGCGAGACCGGACUCGCCAUCACCGCAUGUUCGUCUGCGACCCUACGACCUCUUUUCCGCCACCUACUCGAUCGAACCAGACUAUCGUCUUCACGCACAUCGCGAGGUCUCGCGGACUUUCCUCCUGCAUCGCCAAUGCCCAACGGAAGUCGUCACACUCGCUUAGACAGCGAGGAACCGGUCCAGUUGUCCUAUAUACACCAUACGAGCAAAAGUGAUCAUACCACAGACUUUGAGUCUGGCGAGACACUGGAGAAAGGGCAUGCACAUGGUCGUUACGAUAGAUAG